ACAGUGAAUACAAUUAUCCUGAAGAAAACUCCAAAUUCUUGUCAAUGGCGAUAAUCACGGAAGAAGAAAACGAGCAAAGCCCAAAACCAUCACAAAACAUAACCCAAGACCCCACUUUGAUUCAGCAGAAAGUAAAACACCAAACGCAAAGCCCUUUCGCUUUCUGGUUCUACUUCACUGUCACUGCCUCUCUGGUUACUCUCUUCUUCAUCACCAUCUCCUCUUUUUCGUCCCCACAAGACCCUAAGUCCUGGUUUCUGUCACUGCCAGCCUCUCUUCGCCGACACUAUUCAAAUGGUCGCAUCGUCAAGGUCCAGACAAACCCAAAUCAAUUGCCAAUGGAGGUGUUUGUCACUGAAAAUGGUCCCUUUGGGUCGGAGAAUAUCGUGCUUAUUCAUGGUCUGGGUCUUAGUUCUUAUGCCUUUCGCAGUAUGAUCCGAUCUCUGGGCUCAAAAGGGGCUCACGCAGUCUCUAUUGAUUUGCCUGGAAAUGGGUUCUCGGAUAAAUCAGUGAUGGUUACUGGAGAAGAGAGCCCCAGUGGGCUCCUUGGGAAGUUUAAGGAGGUCAAUAAUUUGAUUCAAGAAAAAGGAUUCUUUUGGGCGUUUGAUCAGAUGAUUGAAACUGGACAGAUUCCAUAUGAGGAGAUAAUGCAAGCUCGGGCUUUGAAUCGGAAGAGCAUCCAAGCUAUUGAAUUGGGCAGUGAAGAGGUGGGGAGAGUAUUGGGGCAAGUGAUUGAGACAAUGGGUUUAGCUCCUGUUCAUUUGAUUUUACAUGAUUCAGCUUUGGGGAUGGCCGCAAAUUGGAUUUCUGAGAAUUCAAGGUCGAUUAGAAGUGUAACUCUCAUUGAUACCGGAGUUACUGCAGCUUUGCCCUUGUGGGUUUUGGAAAUCCCAGUAAUUAGUGAGGCUGUGUUGAGUUUAUCCUUUGCCUAUAGGAAGCUGAUAAGCUGGUGUUGCUCAAAGAGCAUUCCUUUUUCAGACAUGGAAGCACAUAGGAUCCUUUUGAAGGGAAGGAAUGGGAGGAAGGCGGUAGUGGGUAUGGGGAAGAAGUUGAAUUACAGCUUUGAUGUAGCAGAAUGGGGUGGCUCGGAUGGGAUAGAAAAUAUGCCAAUGCAAGUGAUCUGGUCAAGUGAUUGGUCCAAAGAGUGGAGUGAGGAGGGGCAACGUGUUGCUGAGGCACUUCCCCAGGCAAAAUUUGCAACACAUUCUGGUGGCCGGUGGCCUCAGGACGAUGGUGCGAAUCAGCUAGCUGAGGAUAUUGCUCAAUUUGUGACCUCUUUACCAAAAUCUGUUAGAAAGGUUGAGGAAGAGCCCAUACCUGACCAUAUUCAAAAGAUGCUUGAUGAAGCAAAAAGCGGUGAUCAUCACCACCAGCAUCAUCAUGUUCAUGGUAGUCAUGAUCACCAUGUUGGUCAUGAUCAUGUUCAUGCAGCUGGCUACAUGGAUGCGUAUGGGCUUGGUCAUGGAUGGGCUGGUUGACACUUUCUUUUCCUUUUCUGGAUGGUUAUUGUUUUUUCAGGUUGGAAUUCUGAUAAAUUUUAGAUCUAGGGAUGAAAUUAACCCCUUUUUAGAGUGUUUGAUUUUGCUGCUUUUAAUUCUCACUGUUUGGGCUACCCUCUGUACCUUAAAAAAAAAAUUAAGAGAAGUGGAAAAAUGUAUCGAUUGUUGUA